GCAAAAAGCUCCAAAAUUGUCAUGGCUUACGUUGACAACAUGUGUGAAAAUUCAAAGAUUCAGUCUAUCAACGAUCUUCAUUAGAGUGUAGUUGGCCGUGAAAAGUGCGAUUUUGUUUUCGGUGUAUGUUAAAUGAUAUAAAAAUUUGGAAAUAGGAUGCUGAAAGGUCCUUGUCAACAAAGAUAUUAGUUUGGUUUCGGAACUAUUUAUUAAACUAUUAUUUAUUUGUGCGCGUGGACUAAGUAACUGUUUGAUUUAUUUGUUUUUGUUUUGACUUUUUUGUGUAACAAAUAUUUUCAACAAAAGAUAAUAAGUGGUCCGUUAUGAAUUAAUAAAUAAUUUUACUACAACAUAAAUGAUAUGGAUUCAUCAACAGUGCCAUACCAAUCCCAUUUCGGAUAUUCGUCUUCCGAUAUGAGUUGGUCCUAUGCUUCCAAUAUUACACCGAUGAAACAGAUUGAAGCUUGUCUCCAAAGUGCCGGAAAAGACCGAAAAGCUUACUCGCCUUUAGAUCAAGCAGACGCAUUAUCACUGGACGAAAAUGAUACAAAUAGAACAGAAAAUAAUAACAGAACGACAGCUCAUAAUAAGAACCACUCCAAUUCAAACACAACUUCUCCUGCCUUGGCUAACGCUGGUGCAAUAUUAGAAAUGAAACAUCUCUGGGACGAAUUCCAUAGUUUAGGAACAGAGAUGAUCGUUACGAAAGCCGGAAGACGAAUGUUCCCAACCUUUCAGGUUAAGCUUUGCGGACUGGACCUACAUUCAGAGUACAUGUUGAUGAUGGAUUUUGUGCCAGUUGAUGACAAAAGAUACCGAUACGCUUUUCACAGUUCCAGUUGGGUAAUAGCUGGAAAAGCAGAUCCUGUAUCGCCUCCUCGGAUACACGUUCACCCUGAUAGUCCUGCCACUGGAGCUCAAUGGAUGAAACAGACUGUGUCAUUCGAUAAACUGAAGCUGACCAAUAAUCAGUUGGAUGACAAUGGCCACAUUAUAUUGAAUUCCAUGCAUCGAUAUCAGCCACGGUUCCAUAUUGUUUACUUACCUCCAAAAAAUUUAAGUUCAGCAGAUGAAAAUUCCAAUGAAAAUUUCAAAACAUUCGUUUUUUCUGAAACAUCAUUCACAGCUGUUACAGCGUACCAAAACCAUAGGAUAACUCAACUUAAAAUAGCAAGUAAUCCUUUUGCGAAAGGAUUUAGAGACUGUGAUCCGGACGACAGUUCCGAAGUGGUUAGUCAACCAGCUCCAUCACCAAGGAAUAGACCUACUUCUCGAUCAACUCCAAAUAACUUAAACAAAGAUGACGAUACACAGGACCAAAAUCUGCAUUCGACGGAAAACACUCGACAAACCCACCCCUCAAUGAUCUUCCAAAAUCGGUAUCAAAAUACCACCCAGUCUACAGCUCCUCCACUCCUACAAUCCAACAUCCUUUCAGCAGGACUCAGUACAAUAGGACAACCAUAUUCCGCAGAUAUUUGUAACUACGGACCCAUGUACCACUCCCAUAAUCUUCUUCACAAUUACAACCCUGUGUACAGUAACGAAAAAGCAAUGAGAGCGCCAAAUUUUGGUAGAACGGUAUAUGGAAACUAUUCCGGGUUCUAUGGUAACAACGGUAAUUUUAGAAGUGCGGGCCUACAUCAAAACGGGUACGACUUUUCGCCGAGAUGAAUAUAUUGUAAAUAAAAUCAGUAUUCAAAUGUUGAAUAUGUUACCUGUGUGAGUCCAUUUCAAAUAUGGGAAAAUGAUAUAAAUUAAUAAACUUACUCACAACCACUUAUAUUUUACCACAAACGACCGGUUUUGCUUUCUAUAGUUAACAAAGCACCGUCAGGUCUCUGGUACAGCAAAAUUAAAUGCUAAAAUUACAAUAACCAGAAUUAAUAUGCUGUUUGGUACAAUUUGAAAACAAUAAAUUGAUCAAACCAAUAUUAUACAGUGAUGAGCGCGCUAAUAACCGGCAAAAUAACGAAAAAGAUGGAAAACGUAAUACGUUGUGAAAUAGAAAGAGAUGAAACUAGUAGAGGUGGGAAAUUAUCGGUAUAAACCUAUAAAUUAACAUUACAUUAAGAUAUUUCCCACCUUUAGACAUGAGCUCUACCUAGUUGACUUCAGUCGGAAUAAUAUACGUAUGACGUUUAGUAAAAUAUUUUAGUUGAGGUAUUUUUAUUAUUAGUUUGAUUUAUAAUGAAAAUAUCUACUAAUUAAUGUUUUUUUUUACUAGCAUCUGUCUUAAUUUAUUCAAUAAUUUGUUCUAACAUGGGAAAUUAAAAUAAAAUGUUUUUCGACGUCGUACUUAUAAUAAUUAUUAUGACUGAAGUCAACUAGUUCUAAGCUCAUGCAUCAAAGUGGGAAAAUUAGUAAUGUAAUAUACAUUUAUAUGUUUAUACCAAUAAUUUACCACCUCUACCAGUAAUCACUUCUUAUUUCACUACGUCUUAUCCAUCUUUUGCGAUAUUUUGCCGAAAAAUAAAACAUCCUGGCGCGCAUUUUUUAUUUCUUAAUUCAUUAUCAAGAACUAUCCAAUAUAAUAAUACUAAACUAGAACAAUAACAGAAAAUAUUACUAAUAAGAUUUAAACUAGGUACAAAUCUGCAAGAAAUGUUUAAAAUGAUCUCCUUUACAGGUAACAGAAGAAUUUUAUAUUCAUCUUUUUCGUACGGGUAAUGGUCUGGUACCUUCUAAAACUCACCAAAUUUCAUUUUCAUAGCUCAACUGGUCUUAGAGCAAUAAAUAAAUUGGCAGUUUGAAAUAAAAAUUUCAACACCCCGUAUCGCGGACACAAAGCAUUUGCGGACAUAUAUUAUAGAUCAAACCGGCAUUAUUUUUUCAUGUCGAAUUAGCCCUUAAAAUGUUUCAUACUUAUUUACUAACACCCUGUAUAUGUGUUAUCAUACUCAUAGUUCAGUUGUGUCUAGUUGGGAGUUGAUGGACUUGGGCUUAGCUGCACUAAUAAACUCAUUAACUAAAUAACUAUACUAAAUUUAAAAUCAAGAUGCAGUAGAAAUAAACAAACCAAGACACGUUAAAUGCUACUAGGAGCACUCCCAAAUCAUAUAAUUUAUAAUGUAUAUAUACAUUGUAAAUCCCGAAUCAUGAUUUCCAAAGUUUAUACAUUGUAAAUCCCAAAUCAUGAUUUCCAAAGUUUACACAUUGUAAAUUAUGACUCGGGAGUGCUCCUAGUAGCAUUUAACGUGUCUUGGUUUGUUUAUUUCUACUACAUCUUGAAUGUAAAUUUAGUAAAAGUGAUCAAUUUAUUGUUUUCGAUUUGUACCAGACAGCAUACUAAUUCUGGUUAUUGUAAUUUCAACAUUUAAUUUUGCUGUACCGGAGACCUGAUGAUGUUUUGCAAGGCAUAAAGAAAGCGAAACCGGUCGUAUGUGGUAAAAUAUAAGCGAAGUCUAUUAAUUUUUUCAUUUUCCCAUACUUAAAAUCAGUAUUUUUGAUACAAAUAAAAAUAUAACGAAAUUGUGAUUGCUAAGUUGUAUAUCUAAAUUCUAAAUACGAAUUAAAUAUGAAAAUAGUUUUUCAAAAGCUAUUUUAAAUACUUUAUAGACGUAAAUAUUAGUCCAGUCCAGGAAUAGCGAACCUUUUUAUAUUAGAAGGCCAAUUUUCAUUUUACCAUUUUUGAGAAGGCCGCAUCCAUAUAUACACUGUGUCCGUAAAGUAUGGAACAAAUUCUUUUUUAGCUAAACAGAGCAUUUUAAGAAAUAAUCCUGAAACACGUCGAUUUUUGAUUUUAAUUUACCGUAUUUUAAAAUAAUAUUCUAAUAUACAGGGCGAAUUACUUUCGAGUAAUGACGUCACCGUCAUUUUUUUUUAAAUGGAACACCCCAAUUUUGUCUCAAUUUUCGGAUUACUCUAGCUGAGCUGAUUUCAAAAAUGUAUCACAUGUUGAUUCAAAUUGGUACAGGGUGGACAAAAAUACAAUAGCUUUGUGUAUGUUCUUAAAGUAACGCGUUAGUUAAAUUAACAAUAUUAUCAAAAAUACUUAUUGUAUUUUUGAUAUUUUAAUUAAUUUUUGAUUUUAAUUAAUUUUUGAUAUUGUUUAAUUUAAUAUUUUAAUUUAAUAUCAAAAAUUAAUUAAAAUUUAAUAAUAUGAGCACACACAAAACUAUUGUAUUUUUGUCCACCCUGUACCAAUUUGAAUCAACAUUUGAUACAUUUUUGGAAUCAGCUCAGCUAGAAUAAUCCGAAAAUUAAGACAAAAUGGGGGUGCUGCAUUAAAAAAAAUGACGGUGACGUCAUUUCUCGUAAGUAAUUCACCCUGUAUAUUAGAAUAUUAUUUUAAAAUACGGUAAAUUAAAAUAAAAAAUCGACGUAUUUCAGGAUUAUUUCUUAAAAUGCUCUGUUUAGCUAAAAAAGAAUUUGUUCCAUACUUUACGGACACAGUGUAUAUACGAUUUAAUUAAAGGGAUUUAUAUGCAAAAUUAAAAUACAUAAUUUUCUUUGCAAUUAAAUAGUUUAUUUUUUAAAAUGACAUACAAUUAAUAAAUUCCAAAAAAUUUGACAUUUAAUUUUACGAUCCAGAAAAUUUAAUGGGAUUUCUGUGGUUGUUUAUUGGAUGACAAAAAAGAAAUAUUUGGUUCAAUUGACGUGGUACGUAAUUUAAGUUGAUCUUCCAAAUGAACAUCACUUAUUUGACUUCUUUUUGAGGCGGGUUUUAAUUUGAGUCAUGUAUGAAAAUGUUGCCUCGCAACAAUAUGUACUUCCAAAAAAUGAAAGAAUUCUUAAUGCGUGUUGUCUUAGACGAGGAUAAUGCAGUCUUCCAUAUUUCAAUAGGAUCUUUUUUUGAAUCGAAUUGUGAUUUAAAGAUAUUAUCUUCUCCUAUCUCAAAUAAUUCCAUUUGAUAUUCUUUGGGCGCUACGUCGAUAUCAACAAGGUGUGGUUCGAAAGUUAAUUUAAGUGUGACAACAAGUUUUUCAAAAUCUGAGAACCUUUUAUUAUAUUCUUCAAUUAAUAUAUCCAGAACAGAAACAUACUCAUCCAAAUUUUGAGGGGAAUAAUUUUGCUCCAUCAUAAUUUCCGAUAACUGUGGGAAAUGUUCUUUAGAAAUUUCUAAUCGACUUAGUAAAGAUUUAAAGAAUAAAAGUUUUUUUCGAAAAGCUUGAAUUUUUUGCCACAUUUCGUAUAUAUAUUUAGUUUUUCCCUGCAAGUUUAAAUUCAAUUCAUUUUGCUUCAUUUUCAUGUCACAUAAAAAGGCAGCAUUUCUACAAAAUUCUUUAUCUGAUAAAUCGCAAUAUUCUUUUGUUCUUCAAAAAAUUUAAUUAUUUGUUGACGCAGGGUGAAUAUUUUUAGCAAAACUUGUCCCCUUGAUAGCCAACGUAUUUUGCUAUGAUAUGGUAAGUCUCCAUUGAAUGUGUGGCGGGGAAGGAAUCGAGGUGAUAGCAGAUAGAAUGUGACAUUUCCUUCUUAGUCAGUGGCGUACCGUCCAAUAAUUGAACGGUAUUUAAAACAAUUUUUUUGUUUGAAUAAAUGAUUACUAAUGGUAUUUUUAGUAUCGUAAACUUUUUUUUAUCGUUUAGUAUCGUAAAUUUUUUAUAAUUUUUAAUUUAUGAAAAGGCCACAACUUGGGCAAGAACAAGCAACAUGCGGCCUUAAGGCCGCACGUUCGCCACCCCCGGUCCAGUCUAUCGCGGUUCUCUCUUAAUUAUUCUAAAGCACAAAAAAGGUAGCGUGAAAUUUGAUAUAAUACGCAUACCGGUGUUAUAUUACCAUUACAUGUAGUUAAAUAUUACUCUCGGAGGGAUAAACAUAUUUAAAGUCAAAAUAAUCACAGAAAUCCAUAGGGAAGUUUAUUUUAAGGAAAAAAUGUCCCUUAAAUUUUUUUCGAAAACACAACAUUUUUCUGUUUCUUUUGAUUUAUUAUCUAUAAACGUUGAUUUUUAUCUAAUAAUUCAUUCGGAUCCUUUUUUAUCAAAGUCGGACUUCUUGAAAAACCAAAUCAACUGUUUUUGUUCUGUUUUUGACGGUAAAAUACUAAGCAAGUUGCGAAAUUGCAAGUUAAAGAAGAUGGUGGCGUAUUUAUCUAAACCUAAGGUCGAGUCAUCAAAAGCAGUUUAAACUUACCUAUACAUUAUUAAAUACAGCAGGAACAAGCAGAAUUUGUAAAUGUAAAAGUUACACGUGAGCAAGUACUGAACCUGAGACAACUCAUUGAAAGCUUGAGAGGAUUUCAAGCACCUAUGAUAAUAUGAAUACGCUUUGUUGACUACCCGAAGGCAUUCGAUUGUUUAACCUGACUUAUUAAAUAUUUAUGGUGAACAUGUCCUAAGGAAGGCUUUAUAAGGACGUGUAGGUGGAGUAACAGUGGCUGGUGGAAAAAAUUUCCAAUUUACUUUUUGCACUAUGAUUGCUGAUCACUCUACAAUUAAAACAACUAAUGAACAAGUAAUGCUAAAUCUCCUCCGAAGAGUUGAGUUGGAAAGCAUUAAGUUGGUCUUGAAAUUAGUAAAGGUAAUACAAAAAUAAUGGUGAUAGAUAAAUUCAACACUAUUGGACUCAUUAUACUACUCAAUCUGGGAGACUACCAGUGGAGAACAGUGGAGGUCACCAAUGGAGGACAUUUGUUAGGAGUAUUGGAGAAAAUCACGAUCCUCAGUAAUGGGGGAGAGAAUGAAUGGGGGAAUAAGAAAGAGGGAGAAUGAGAGAGAGAGAGAGAGAGAGAGAGAGAGAGAGAGAGAGAAAGAGACAAAGAGAGAGAAAGAGAGAGAAAGAGAGAGAGAGAGAGAGAGAGAGAGAGAGAGAGAGAGAGAGAGGGGGAGAGAGAGCUCUCCCUACGGCACUCCAGCCUGGACCACGUGUUCUAUUUGAACCCUAAACUGUCUAUUGGCUAGAUACGAUGAAAGAAUGCAUAUUAUUGCCUUGCUGUAUCCGAGUUUACUCAUUUUGUGAAUAAGCCCUUCCUGACACACUUUAUCAAAUGCACUCGAUCAACUUUAACAUUUGUAGCUCCCUGGAGUAUGGUUCUAAAACCAAAUUGUAAUUACGAUACCAUUUCUAUUGUCUCUGACUCUUCUUUUAACCUAGCUAGUAAAAUUCGUAGGCUGUUAGGAAUUCGUAAGUUAAGAAAUUAUUGUAAAGCCAAAUGAAUCAAUCUUAAAAUUCUUAAAAUCCGUAUUAAACAAUUUAUGUUUGAAAAUUUUUGUAUGAACAUACGAUCUGAAUAUCUUUUACUUUUCCACAACUUAGAAAUGACAAAACCCGUCCUAAAAGAACUGUCGGACAUGACCUAACAUAUUAUUUAGUCAACAAACUAUUUCGUUACCAUAAUAUUUAGUUACCAACUUAUAAAUAUAAUAAUUUGUUUUAUUGAAAAUUGUAUAUUUUAUAAAUAUAACAUUUAUAUAAAAUAUUUUGUAUAAAAUAUUGGUGAUAUUUUCCUUAAGGGGAAAGGCGAAAAAUCUUGGUCCAAAUCUAUUUAAAUGAAAUUUUUUUCUAAUCCUGAGAAAACUAAUAAGUAUUUUUGAAAAAUUUAAAAGCAGAAUGAAAGAUGGCAAUAUUAGCGAGGACCGAAAGUCCCUGAAAACUUCUAUGAUGUUUAUUUUAAUAAAUUAUAGAGGUAAAAAAAAGAGAAAAUUUAGUGUGAUUUUUAAUUUCAACUAUUCCAUUCAAUAGAAACUUUUUGUUUAUUUUAAGGCCUCAAGUAGAUGCCUUAGACUUUCGGCCCUCGGUAAUAAUGUAAUAUUUCAUUCUGCGUUUAAAUUUUUUAAAAACAUUUAUUAGUUUUCUCAGGACUCGAAACAUUUAAAUAGCAUUGGACCAAGAUUUUGCGCCUACCCUCUUAACGCUUCGUUUAACUCUCCCUCAUCAAUGUUUAUUUCUCUGAUAUCUGAUUAGAUAUUUUAAAAAAACAAAUAAUACUGUUUGGUAGAUCCGAAUUUAAAAAUUGUAUUGACUGGAUUAGAACACCCUGUGUUGUAAAAAUGUAUUAAGACAAUACUGAAACUGUACUGGAAUUCUGUGUUACAUUAUAAAUAUUAGGUAUUACUAGAAGUAUAUUUUACUAAAAUUGUUGUACAUUAUACCAAAAAUAUUGCCAAAUUUAUGUUUAGUUUUAGUUCAUAUAUUUAUUUACACCUGAAGUAAUUAAUAAAGUUGAAUAUUUUCGA